UUGCUGAUGGGGAGCACCAACACAUCCUCCUUCGAGGGCUUCAUCCUGGUGGGCUUCUCUGACCGCCCCCGCCUGGAGCUCAUCAUCUUUAUGGUGGUCCUCACCUUCUACCUGCUGACCCUCCUGGGCAACAUGGCUAUCAUCUUGCUUUCAGCUCUGGACUCCCGGCUGCACACACCCAUGUAUUUCUUUCUGGCCAAUCUCUCCUUCCUGGACAUGUGCUUCACCACAGGUUCCAUCCCUCAGAUGCUCUACAACUUGUGGGGCCCAGACAAGACCAUCAGCUACGUGGGCUGUGCCAUCCAGCUCUACUUCGUGCUGGCCCUGGGAGGUGUGGAGUGUGUCCUGCUGGCUGUCAUGGCCUAUGACCGCUAUGUUGCUGUCUGCAAGCCCCUUCACUACACGGUCAUCAUGCACUGGCGCCUCUGUGGGCAGCUGGCUUCGGUGGCCUGGUUGAGCGGCUUCGGCAAUUCUCUCAUCAUGGCACCCCAGACGUUGAUGCUGCCUCGCUGUGGGCAUAGGCGUGUGGACCACUUUCUCUGUGAGAUGCCAGCACUCAUUGGUAUGGCUUGUGUGGAUACCAUGGCCCUUGAGGCACUGGCUUUUGCCUUGGCAAUCUUCAUCAUCCUGCUGCCACUCAUCCUCAUCCUCAUCUCCUACGGUUACAUUGCACGAGCAGUGCUCAGGAUCAAGUCGGCCGCUGGGCGAAAGAAAGCCUUCAACACCUGUAGUUCCCACCUCAUUGUUGUCUCUCUCUUCUAUGGUACAAUUAUCUAUAUGUACCUCCAACCAGCAAACACAUAUUCCCAGGACCAGGGCAAAUUCCUUACUCUUUUUUACACAAUUGUCACCCCCAGUGUUAACCCCCUGAUCUAUACGCUGAGGAACAAAGAUGUCAAAGAGGCCAUGAAGAAGGUGCUAGGGCAGCAGAGUGCCAAAGCACAGGAAUGA